AUGGUUAAUUCCUGCUGUGGUUCCGUGUGCUCUGAUCAGGGCUAUGAUCAAAGUCGGUGCCAGGAAGAGUCCUGCUGCCAGCCCAGCUGCUGCCAGACCUCUUGCUGCCGCCCUACCUGCUGCAUCUCCAGCUGCUGCAGGCCCCAGUGCUGCCAGACCUCUUGCUGCAGACCCACCUGCUGCAGACCCACCUGCUGCAGACCCACCUGCUGCAGGCCCCAGUGCUGCCAGCCCACCUGCUGCCGCCCCACCUGCUGCAGGCCCACUUGCUGCAGGCCCCAGUGCUGCCAGUCUGUGUGCUGCCAGCCCACAUGCUGCCGCCCCAGCUGCUGCAGACCCAGCUGCUGCCUGCGUCCAGUCUGUGGCCAAGUCUCCUGCCACACCAGUUGCUAUCGCCCAACCUGUGUGAUCUCCACCUGUCCCCGCCCCAUGUGCUGUGCCACGCCUUGCUGCUGCUGCUGA